GGGAACUAUGAUGCCUUAUGAGCCUCUCAUCGCAAAGGAUGGAAUCGGGAUUUCUGCAACUUCUUAUGCAACAGUUUAUUCUUCUCAGCUGUUCAUAACAAUUUUGUCUAAAACAGCCUUAGGCUACAUAGCAGACUAUUUUAAGAGAGUAAAAAUAAUGAUAAGUCUUCUAAUCAUCGUGCAUUGCCUGUGCUUCUUAUCGCUUCUUGUUAUUCCAAAAAUUGAUGCGUUAACAAAGUUGGACCAAAACUCAACUCUGUUAAACCUUUUUGAAGAAAUCAGAAAUGGCACAGAACUUUAUAUUAUUUCAUUUUCUACAGGCAAGGCUUGUAAUAGGUCUUCUAAUAACUCCAACUUAUUGUCGAUGACAAAAGUCGAAAGAGAAAGUUAUAAAAAUGGGGAAAAUGUCACGCAAAAACGAUCAGAAAUAAUCUGUGUUACUAAGUCAAAUCUUACUGAUGAAACAUUGUGUUUUGAGUUAGGGAAUAACACAAAAGAGGGAGAAUUGUUGGAGACUCGGUUAACUUUCUGUUGCUCAAUGUAUUCCAUGCAAUUAGAACAAUAUGAAACAGAAAUGAAAACGAUAAAGAACUUUUUUUAUUUACAUUCUUUGAAUCCAGAUAUUUUUAAUGAUAGUGUUACUGCUUCAAAACCUUGUACUGCUACUUUUUUAGAUGAAUCGAAAAGCAUAGAAAAAUAUCUAAAUAUAAACAGCUACAAAACGUACCAAUUUUGGUUAUAUACAUGCAUUAUGAUUAUAGCGGGAACUUGCUCCAGUUCAGCAUUUACAUUGUCUGACACAAUUUGUUGCGAAAGUGUGCAAAAGUUUAAUAGAGAUUUUGGUCGACAAAGAAUAUAUUCUGCUAUAAGUUGGGGUAUUUUUGCUCCCUUAGGAGGACUUUUAUGUGACCUCACAAAUGGAUUUUUCUCAACGUGGAUCCUAAUGGCAGUUAUGCAAAUCUUGGUUAUAUGGAAUUUAUACAAAAUGGAUGUCGUUGUACCUCAAUUUUCUCAAAACUUAACAAAAGAUGUAGGCACAGUUCUUAAAUCUAGUACUUUUCUUGCGUUCAAUGCCGGAUCUUUUAUAACUGGCGUAGGUUGUGGUGUAAUAUGGUAUUAUCUGCUUUGGUUCAUAUCCUCAUUGGGUGCUAGUACAUUUCUCUGUGGCCUGGUUCCUUAUGUGCAGAGCUUUGCUGGUGAAAUACCUUUUAUGUUCUUCUCAGGAUGGGUUAUAGAAAAAGUGGGACACUUCAAUAUAGUGUCUUUGUCUCUUAUGGCAUAUGCUGUCAGAUUUUUAUGGUACAGCUACCUUAAAAACCCAUGGUUGGUGCUACCAAUAGAAAUUACUCAUGGCAUAACGUAUGGACUUUUUUAUUCUGCUGCAGUUUCCUUUGGAAAACUUAGUUCCAAGCCUGGGACAGAAGCCACAACUCUGUCUAUUAUUUAUACAACUCAUGAAGGUUUAGGAGCUGGUCUCGGAUGCGUUUUAGCUGGCAUUGGUUUUGACUAUCUCGGGAGUCAGGUUACAUUUUUCUACCUUAGUCUGCUUGCUUUUGGUUCCACAUUUCUCAAUGUUUGCAGCACGUUAUUUGUUAGUAAACGUAACGUAGUCAACAAGGAUAUUUCUUGAUCUUCAAAAAUCGUAUUUUACAAUGAUAACGAACUCCUGUCUGUUCCAACCAUCACGUGACAUGCCCCAAAGCAUACAGAAAACUAAUCCUAUGGGAUCAAGUGGUAACUUUCCUCCUGGACAAAACGUUUCCAUUGAUUAAUGUAUUUUUAAUAUUGAUGUUAAUGGCCUGAUAAAGUGGUAAUCUAUUUGUAUAAAAAUGAA